AUGAAUCGCGCUGCCUUAAGUUCGGCUGGCGAGCCGGGAGAGUUGCAAGCCAUCCUACAAGAGAUGAACAUCAGGACGCGUCUGCGUCUCUCUCUGGAUCUGGUCAAAAAAGAAUAUGAGUUGGGCCGGCUGCAGCAUCAAAUUGGCAAAGAAGUCGAGGAGAAAGUGAAACAGCAGCACCGCAAAUAUAUGCUGUCUGAGCAAUUGAAAGUGAUAAAGCGUGAGCUUGGCCUUGAGAAAGACGAUAAGGAUGCCAUCGCGGAAAAGUUCAAGGCCAGAUUAAAGGAUCUGACUGUACCAAAAGCUGUCCAGGAGGUGAUUGAUGAAGAGCUGACCAAGCUCGGUCUUCUAGACAAUCACUCUUCUGAAUUUAAUGUAACUCGCAAUUACCUAGAUUGGCUGACUAAUUUACCUUGGGGCAUCACUUCCGUUGAAUCUCUUAACCUGGCCUCGGGCCGAGUGAUCCUUGAUGAGGACCAUUACGGUAUGGACGAUGUCAAGAAGCGCAUUUUAGUAAGUGAAUUUCUUCCAUCUUUGGCUUUUUUCACUAUGCCAGGGGAUGGCAACCAAUUCAUUCCUACCUCAUCUAUUUAUCUUGCUAAUCUCCAUUGCUUCUUUCCUUCUUUUUUUAGAAUAUUUAAAAACGGAGGUGUUAUCUGA